ACGUGUUCUAUAUAUAUAUAUAUAUAUAUAUAUAUAUAUUCAUAUAAAUAUCACAGAGCCGCAAUCUAAGCAAAGAUCGAUAUUGAGUUCGGUCCGGGAAAAAGAAUGAUGGAGAAUGCGCUUCAACGUUGUGGAUCUGUGUUGCAGAACAAGAAAAACAAGAGAGAGGGUGAGGAGGAGAAGGAGGAUGAUAGAAUCAGUGAACUGCCAGAUGAUAUUCUGGCGAGGAUAGUUUCUGGGUUGCCUCUGAAAGAGGCAGUCGCUACAAGUGUUCUCGCCAAGCGAUGGCGCUACAUCUGGACCUUUACCAAAAAUCUGGACUUCGAUGCCGAGGAAACUCUCAACCGCAUCAUAGAAUCACCUGGACAACUACUGAGGGUUGAGAGGCCAAAGUACAUCGACCGGGUAAACAGUGUAAUCGCGCAGCGCAGCAGCAAAAACAACAUGGUCCGCGGCAUCGAUCGGUUUAGAAUCGGUUUCGAUCUGUGUCGUGAAUUUUCAUCUUCCAUUGAUAAUUGGAUUGAGUUCGCCAUGAAAAACAGAGUUAAAACUCUCGAAUUGGAGUUUUUUGAAUAUGGUGGACUUAGAAUGAAUUGUGAUUGCUAUAUUCUUCGCAAAAAACACUUUGAUCCCGUUGCACUCAAGUCCCUCAAAGUGCUUAAUUUAACAAGUGUUGAGAUACAUGGCAGGGUUGUGGAGUGGCUGUUGUCUAAAUGUCCUCUUCUUGAACGAUUAAAAGUUGCUGGUUCUGACAAGUUGAUCAAUUUAAGGAUUUCUGGGGUGCCUAAUUUGAAGCAUUUUGAGAUUAGGCGGUGUAUCAAUAUCAAAAAGGUUGAAAUCUGUGCUGCUCAAAACCUUGUUUCGUUAUAUUCUCUGUCCACUUAUCCUUACGAAUUCAUCUUGAGGAAUGUACCUAAGCUUGUUGACCUACACAUCGAUACCGAUUUUGGUUCCGAUAACGAUGAAGAUCUUGGCCUUACCUUCACCUUACUUUCAUCUUGUCUCUCUCAGUUGCAGAUACUUCACCUAGAUCUUCUUCUUCAGCCCCAUGUGUGGAAUCUCGAAUAUCCUAGGUUAACAAAUCUUAAGCACUUAAAGUUGACACUUAGUGCAACUGAGAAUCUCAAUCUCUUGCUUUCCAGAAUUAUUCCUUUUCUGAAGGUGUCACCUUGCUUGCAAAGACUUGAGUUGAUGAUGCUGUUAGAGAAAUAUUUUGACGAAAAAUGUGGAUUUGUAAAGCAACCAACAAAUUGCCCUGUCAAGGAAGUGGAAAUAUUAGGCUAUUCAGGUCGUAAAAAUCUCGAUCAACUUAUCAUCUACUUUGCAGAUAAUUUGGUUGCCCUGCAAAAAAUCGUUGUCCAUCCUUGUGCAUCUGCACAUGAAAAAUUCAACUUCGACCCAGCUUUCAGACGAAUCAAGAAUAGUAAAAUCAUAAAAGAGGAAGAAAAAAUCAGAGAUCAUGCUAUGCAGCAUAUUAAAGGAAAGAUUCCUACUGCUGUAGAAUUUGUUUGCCUCUAAUAUAUUUUUAAUAUAUUUAAUAUAUCCAGAGAUUGUGUUGAUUAUUAGAAAUUAUUUAUUUAAUAGUAUGUUUAUAUUGGUUUUUUUUUU